AUGUUCUCUUUCAAACCAACUUCAGCUUCUUCAGGUCAUCAACAACAGCCUCAUACACUACAACAAGAUUUAUUGUUCGGAACUGGCAGUCAAAAUAAUGCGGUAGUUGGUCCGACAAUGAAUCAUAAUUCCAUGAUGAUGGUGCCUUCCAAGGAACCGACACGAGAGCCACAACGAAAUCACUUUCCAUCAUCAUCCUCAGCACAACAUUCCGAUUAUUUGAACAUGUUUCAAGACGAUGAAGAAGAAUUAUUAUUUGAUUCAACAACAGCGAAUUUCAAUAGUGCUCAAUCAUCCUUCAUUUCCAAUUUGCAAUCAUCAUCCUCUCAACAAGGCUUGUUUGGUAAACAAGUUGGCAAUCACUCUUCAUCAUUUACAAAAAACUCUUCUUUACUCAAUACUUCCAACAGAUUGUCAUUCUCUAACAAUAUUCCAUCAAAAUCUCCUUCUUUGAACCCAUCUUUGAACCCAUCUCUGAAUCAAUCCUUUUCAAAUCAAUUCAAACAAGUACCAACGACACUCUUUGCUUCUUCCAAAGAACAAUUACCUCAAUGUAUUGAUUAUGUCAAUAACAAGUUAAAUAAUACAAUGGCAUUAUUACCAUUAAUGUCCUAUUAUAGUGAUUUAAACGCGAUAGGAAACUUUAAAUUAGAUUUCAAUAAUCCUGAUAAUGAUAUUUUUGUUACCAAUGUCAUUUAUUAUCUUUUAAAAGAAAGAGAAGAAGAGGCUAUCACUAAAGUGACUCUACAAGAUAAGAUUCGAAGAUUGCAAUGUGAUCAAAAUGCCAUUUCUUUAAAUAAUAACAAAUUAGAACAAAAAGCAAGUGAAUCUCAAAAACUCUAUGUCAUGGAACAACAAAAGUAUUUGAAUUUACAAAAAGAAACAAGAUUGAAAUUGAAAAAGUUAGAAUCAGCCAAGACAGUCUUGGAGACUCAAAACAAAAACAUUCAACAAAAAUGUGAUCAAUAUGAACAUAAUUUGAUUAAAAUGGAAAAAGAAAUGGAUAAAUUGAAACAACAAAUGACACACAAAUUGAACAUGUUGUUAAAUGCAGGAAAUCAAUCCAAUAAGGUUGAUGUUCUCAAUCAAUCUACUCAUCCAGCAAUUUCAUCUUGUGCUCUACCCAAUCGAUCCUUUAGCACUAGUAGUAGUAUGUGGAAACAUGGAUUGGAGAGAAAUGAAGAUAUUCUCUAUCAGAAUGUUGUUGAAGCAUUUAAAGAUGAAAAACAAGAAAUUUUAACUGAGAAUCAACAAUUGAAACGAUCACUUCGACAAUUGAAUACUGAAUUGAAUCAUUUGAGACAACGAUAUUCUAUGAUGUAUCCUCCUCAUCAGAAUCACGAUACCAUAAGAGAUGGACAAUUUGAAUUACCUUAUCAUUUGGCACAAGAAGAAAUUGAAACAGCCAUUCGAGAAAAGAUUCAAGAUUUGAAUCGUAUUUUAGAACGAGCCACAAGCCUCAUGUCUGAAAGUCAUCAUGGUCAUCAUCAACACAUUGAAAUGGAACAAGACGUUGUAGAUUUGAAUGACAACAAGGAUCAUGAGUCGUCGGUUAUUCUGAUGGAUCAACAACUACUCUCACGACCCUCAUCAAUGACAGCAGCAGCAACAGCAGCAGAUUCAGACACUAAACAUUUCCAUAGUGAAGUGGCAUUGCACAGCAGCAGCAGUGGUGGUAUCACGAGUCCCAAUUUGGAACUUUUAGAGGCACACGAAUUACUGCCUUUGAACAGUGGUGAAGAUGACGAUUCGACCAUGUCAACCUUUCAAGUGUAUUAA